AUGUCGCCUCCUGCCACCUCCAUGGCCUCGGCUGGCGGCGCUUCCUCCUCCCAGGCGUACGGCGGCCGUGCUGCCGGCGCUGCCAUGACCGCAAAAGGCGGUGGAGGCCUCUACGCUGUCGUCAAGUACGAUUUCCUCGCAGAACGCGCCGACGAGCUCCAAGCCAAAGCGGGCGAGUCUAUCAUCGUCAUUGCCCAGUCCAAUUUCGAGUGGUUCGUUGCCAAACCAAUCGGUAGGCUCGGCGGUCCCGGCUUGAUUCCCGUCGCUUUCGUCGAGAUCCGCGACCUAGUCACAGGAAGGCCCAUCGAGGACAUCCAGGAGCUGAUCCAGAGUGGAGUCGUCCCCAAAGUCGAGGAGUGGAAAAAGAUGACGGCCGAAUACAAGAAGAACACCAUCCCGCUCGGCCGCUUUGAUUUCCCACAGACGUCACAACCUGGCGUCAACUCUCCCUAUGCCAGCAUGGGGACGGCCGCUGCCGCUUCAGGCGGUGGUGCCAGCAAUGCCGGCUUCCCAUCCAGCGCAUUGCACGGCCAACAAUCGUCCAUCUCCUCCCUACCUGUUCCCAUACCACCACCCAAGGACGGUCUGUACGCAGGCGGGCCGCUGGGCGCUACGGGCGCAACGCAGCCUUUUGACGAUAACGCCAUCGACCCACUCACACAGCUUCCACCGGGCAUGUCGCCAGGCGAGCCCCUACCGACGGGCAUCAUCACCUCGGCCACCGUCGACUCGUUCCACUACGAGCAGGGCGAUUACUGGUUCCGCAUCCAAGCCACUCACAUUGCCGGACCGUCGGCCUCCGCGCCGUCCAAUGCACCACACGCUCCCGAUGGGGAAGAGCGAGAUCUCAUCCUCUACCGCCUCUACGAAGAUUUCUACGAGUUCCAGAUCGCGCUGCUCGACCAUUUCCCCUCGGAGGCCGGUCGCGAGACGGACGCCAACGGUCAGGCCAGCGAGCGUAUCUUGCCGUUGAUGCCUGGUCCGCUCGAUGUCGUUGACGACCUCAUUACAUCGCAGCGCCGAGUCGACUUGGAUCAGUACAUCGUGGAGCUGUGUUCGCUUCCCGAGUACAUUAUGCGCUCGGAGCUCGUGCGGCUCUUCUUCGAGCCUCGACCGGGCGACCACUGCACCUCGCAUCCUGCGCGGAGGCCUACCGACGAGCACGAGAGUAACCUGCAAAAGGAGUACGGCUACCUAGCGGGAGGUGUGGAAGCGAACAAUCAGAGGCUGAGUCAGCAACCGCAGCUGCGCAGCAACGGCGUCAACAAAUACGCAGAGGAUCAGCCUGUGGGACGAAGCAGCACGUCGUCGAGGGCCGAGGAUGAGCUCAGCGCCAAAAUGCGCGGGGCCUCGCUCGUGUCAGGGUCGGCACGGGGGUCUUCGGGGCAGCGUGAUUCGACAAGGAGCAGCGCGGCGUUUGGCGGGAGCGGUGCGGGUGGUGCGGUCAGUACCGGGCGCACAUCGCAAGCAUCGAGCGGACAUCGCAAGCAGUACUCGUCCGGUCAGACUGCGCAGGCAGCGGCGGCCCCUUCUGGAUCGUCGGCCAACGUGGCGUAUCACCGUAUCAAGGUUGCACGUCGAAACGACUUGGACAGCGUCAUCGCCCUACGCAUGCCGCCGAGCCCGACAUUUGCACAACUGCUGGAGAAGGUGCGCGAGAGGCUGGGCUCAGACGUCAGCUCGUUCAGCUGCAACGAGCGGCCGGAACCCAUUGUGGACGAUGCGUCGCUCACGGCGUGGCUGGAUCAGGCCACCGAUGCCGGGUGGAAGCUCAUGCUGCAUGCAUCGUAA